AUGUAUGGGCAUGUGGAGGUCUUGGCCAGGAGGAUAAAGAAAGGGGUUGAUUCCAUUGAUGGGGUUGAAGGGUUUCUGUACCGGGUUCCGGAGACGCUGUCCUCUGAAGUAUUGGAGCAGAUGAAGGUGCCCAAGAAAGAUGGUAAUGCAGAUGAAGUGCCUGUGAUAUUGGCCGAGAGGUUGGUGGAGGCUGACGGGCUCUUAUUCGGGUUUCCGACCCGGUAUGGAUCCAUGGCUGCUCAGAUGAAAGCCUUUUUUGACUCCACAGGGCACUUGUGGACGGAGCAGAGGCUUGCAGGUGUGCCUGCUGGGUUCUUUGUGAGUACUGGCACACAAGGUGGGGGGCAAGAGACCACUGCUUGGACAGCAAUUACUCAGUUAGCACACCAUGGAAUGCUCUAUGUUCCUAUUGGUUACACAUUUGGUGCCGGAAUGUUUGAAAUGGACUCUCUUAGAGGAGGGUCUCCAUAUGGUGCUGGUGUCCUUUCUGGUGAUGGCACAAGGAAACCAAGUGAAACAGAGCUGGCUCUCGCAGAGCAUCAAGGGAAAUACAUGGCUGGAAUAGUCAAGAGGUUUGCACAGCCUUCUUUUCGUGCGCCAGGUCUUGGACUGGACUAG